UCCGCGCUCUACAAGCAAAAUCGACACGCGCUUAUUCACAAUCCAUGAAAUAUAGUGACACACUUCUGCAUCAGUUUGCAUCAGUUCAAUUGCUCUCUCAUUCGCUACCGAUAUUAUCAUUGGCUGCUUUACAUAAAUAUUAGCACGUGUGAGCAUUAUUUUCCAUUGCGAGUAUUUAAACGGUAACCUUAUUUAUGUGCAAUUUAUUAAAUACGUCAAGCACAUAAUAAUGAGAACUUAAAGGAAUCAUAAAGCAAUUGCAAAAAUCGAACGAACGACCCAGUAAAAAAAAUGAUGGAAAUGAUUCAAAAAAUAAGAAACAUUAGAAUUGGAAAGAAUUAAGAAUAAGAAGUGUACAACGCCACCGACUACGACAAGUGAAAAAGUAUUUUAUAGUGCAAAAAACACCUUUCACACAUUUACGAGACAGAGAAAAAACCGUACGCCGUAGCUGUUGUGAAACAAUAAAGGAAACCCCUUGUUUAUUGAAGAGUCAAACGAACAAAAGUUAAAAAGUUGUUUGGAUCGUCGUAGUGUGUGCGCUUCUGGAUUGAUAGCGAACAGAAAAAAAGUGAAAUUGUGUGAUUUUCAUUCCAACCGCGCCAACUGUGGUGUAUUAGAUUCAAACAUGUUUUCAAUGUGUUCAAAGGCUGCCCCACAAACGCCAUCCAAUUUGCAUCAUCAUGGUAAUUUGCAUCAUCAUGGUUCAGGUCCAGUGGGCAAACAAAUAAAAGGAGGAUACUUACUUCGAUAUAAACGACAGCUUCUCUGGAGUCGAUGGGUCGAAGAAUGGGUUGUACUGUAUGAUGAUUCAACAAUGGCCUGGUUCACCGAAGCGGGCCGUUCGUCGCCAGUAGGUAAGAUAUUGGUAAAAGAGGCACCAGAGAUGCUUGCGAUUGCUCAAUGGACGGGACAAAUACCAAAGCGACCCCCGUUACCUGAUGGCUGUAACAUAUCGCAACUGAUUGCGCUGGGUUCGAGGCGAAAGAAAUCAAAAGUGUACUGGAUGCUUGCGCGAUCCGAAGCAGAAGUCAAUGAUUGGAUUAAUGCGAUUUCAAAAACGCUACCACCGGCGCCACAAAUAGAGCUUAUUAUUGAUAAAUCACAUAUAACUGGGGUGUUACGGCGGCCACUAGUCCGGAUAAGACCUGCCACGAACUCUGAGGUAUCGUCUAGACGAAGUAAUCGUGAUGCAGUGCGUAGCGCCCAAAUACGUGGCGAUGCGGCUGUUGCUAUACUGAGCAAAAGUACACAUGAUUCGGAUGCGAAGGCUACACUGGCUUGUGUUCUGCCCUGGGGUCACGGCUUUGGUUGGUCUACCGACAAUGGUGUGUGGGGCGGUGGAUUGACUUGGACACAGUGUGAAGAAACGUUCACAUUGCAUGCUUUGCCUACAACUCACUGCACCAAUUUGAUCGAAACAACAUCACAUGUUGGCAUUUAUCAUACCGAUAUCGGUGCAUUUGAUUUUCAUACAAGCGGUAUUGAGGAUAUCGGCGGAGAUGAUUUCGACUAUGCUAUGGACUGUGGCGAUUUUAUAUUUUAAACGAAGUGAACCAACAAAAAUCGUCACAUUUUCAUCGAAUCGACGAAUUAACAAAACCAAUUUAUUGAACACAGAUUCAUGAAAAAUGAUAAUAUUGUGAAUUUGAUUGAUUGAUUAGAAUGAAGAAUUUCGGUUGCGUUAUUUGGAGCUAUAUUCGACUUUGUUUUUAAUUAUUGGCGAAAUGAAUUCUUAAACUGUUAGCAACAAGAAUAAAAUUAAUAUUUUCCACGUUUACCCACCAUUAACGGUACUAUAACAAUUCAUAAAUAUGUACGUACGAAAGCAUCCGACGUUAUAAUAAUAAACAAAAAUGUUUUGCAAUUGAAUUGAUGUUGUGCAUAGAGAAGAAGAAAAAGACGAAAAAAAUUUAACAAUUUUUGAUACUUUAUUGAUUUAUUACAAACUACGCUCGUAUCACACACCCCAAAUACAAUUAAAAAUCACACAGUCAAAGCGAUUAUUUUUAGUACCAAUGUACACACACUCAUGCUACGAACAAAACAUAUAAAAACGCAAACAUUCAUUUUUAUAUUGCCCAUUUUAAGUAAAAACCGCUCUGGCAGUGAGUAACUUUAUUUAAUUUUUAAUUAAAUUU